AUGACGGAUACGACAGUUUCGGCUACAACGACAGUCGGACGUAAAGCGAUUGAUCAUACACCGGACGAGGAUGAAUUCCAGAUGACUCUGCUUCCGGAGACUAAAAUCAUUUUCAUGGGAGAAAAUAUAGGCAUUGAACCUUUGGGAGUAAACAUUAUAAUGCAUAAUGACACACCGUGGAUGCAAGCAUUUAAGGUAAAUACUUGUACACAGGUGAAAUGCACUGCAAACUAUAUGUUCACAAUUAGACCAUCAAAUGGUGUCAUUGCAUCGAACGAAAAAAAGAAUAUCCGUGUAACAUUCAAGUGGAAAAAAGUACCCAGAGAUGAUGUGCACUUCAUUUCAUUUUAUCACGUUCAUGUUGAAAAUAGCAUUUGUGCAAAAACUCCAAGAGAAAUGCUUGAAACAUAUCGACCUGAAGGAGUGAAACGUAUUCACUGUCAGUUCAAAUAUGCAAAUGGUCUCACGGUUAAUGAACCUGAUCCUAUACCGACUGCAAGUGUCAUGAUAAAUCCUCUAACUGGUGCACCAGUCAAUAAAAAAUGA